AGUUAAACUGUUCUGCAGUAAUGGUGAUAAGGAUACUACAUAUAACUGUCAACUGUACACUAACUCAAGAUCAGUCAAGACUUCAAGACUAAAGAGGAACUAAAAUAUGUAAAUUACUCUUCUUGAAGAAUCACUUUCGGUAAAAAUGGAGAUAGAAGAAAUUGAGCUGUACAGACAAAUGAACUACAGCUACGACUUUAACGGGACCUUCAACGGGACCAUGGGCACUUGUCCCAUCGUCAAUCUUCCGUACGUAUCCAUCGUGACGCAGGUACUGUACGCCCUGGUCUGCAUUGUAGGCCUGCUCGGAAACACCCUCGUCAUAUACGUUGUCCUGCGCUACUCCAAGAUGCAGACCGUCACCAACAUGUACAUAGUAAACUUGGCCAUCGCGGACGAGUGCUUCCUCAUCGGGAUACCGUUCCUUAUUACGACCAUGUCCCUUAAUAAGUGGCCCUUUGGAGAUUACAUGUGCAAGACUUACAUGAUUUCGACCGGGAUCAAUCAGUUUACCAGUAGUAUAUUCCUGUGUAUAAUGAGUGCUGAUAGAUACAUUGCUGUAUGUCAUCCAAUUGCGGCCCCUCGGCUUAGAACACCGUGCGUGUCACGAAUCGUAUCGGCAGCCGCCUGGACAGCGUCCGCAGCAAUCAUGACGCCUAUAUUCAUGUACGCGAAAUUGGUUCGGAUUGGAAACAAACUAUCUUGCAAUAUCGUAUGGCCAGAACAAGACUUCAGCCAAGGCCAGAUUACAUUCACGUUGUAUUCGUUCGCUCUCGGUUUUGCUGCGCCCCUGACUCUUAUAUUCAUUUUCUACUGCCUCGUCAUUCGGAAAUUGAAGACAGUUGGCCCAAAGAACAAAUCGAAGGAAAAGAAGCGUUCUCAUAGGAAAGUGACGAAGUUGGUAUUAACUGUGAUUGCUGUAUACGUCUUGUGCUGGCUACCGUACUGGGCCUUCCAGAUGGCACUUAUCUACUCCCCUCCAUCGCAAUGUGUGAACCACAUAACGAUCACUGUUUUUCUUGUCGCCGCCUGCUUCAGCUACAGCAAUUCCGCAAUGAAUCCGAUCCUCUACGCGUUUCUGUCUGAUAAUUUCAAGAAGAGUUUUUUGAAAGCGUGCACUUGUGCCGCCGGAAAGGACGUGAACGCCACUCUGCACGUUGAGAACAGCGUUAUCCCGCGAAGAAGGGCACGAGCGCAGGCCAGGGCGGCGGAGGCGAGGGGUGGAUUUGCUGCGGCUGUCGGGGGCUCGCGAUCUGAAGCGUCUACAGCGAUGACGUCUCGCUCGAUGGCCGCCAGCGAGGUGCUGCCACUGGAAGCGCGUCCCCCGACCUUGACCCCCCUGAUAGCGCACAACGGCCUCUCGCACUCGCGACUCUGAGUGCGGGUCUCGCGCCGCCACCGCGAGCCGUGCGCACUCGUCGAAGAUGACACUAUCUUAGUAUCUAUUGAUUGAAGUAGACGGAUGCUGAUUGGUCGACAGCCUUGAAAGACUUGAGCCCCGUCUUUCGGGCUGUCGUUAUUUGCGUCCUUUACGUUGUAAGUGUAUGAAAUAAGAAUGGACUAGCACGUUUUUGAGUUUAGACUAAUUAAUUAAGUAAUAGUGCGAUACGUGUGUAUUAAAAUAAUUCGUCAUUAAUAUUCGAUCUAGGAUUAUUUGUGAAGAAUUUAUUAAGGUAAUUUAUUAUGACUAUCGCUAAGCGAAUAUAGUUUUAAUAUUUGUACACCUUUGUCUAAUUAGAAUUGUAAAUUAUAAUAAUACAAAUGUACAUAUCGUGUAAAUAUUCGUGAUUGUCGUUGUGUUAAAAUUGUAAUAAAAUUACGUUCGUUUCAAUG